AUGGCGAAAUGGCCCUCGUUCAUUCCAGGUUCAGAGCUGGGUGAAUUCGUUAGCAGGCAUAUCACAACUGUUGAUAAUGCCUACCGGUGGGGGAAAACAGCAGUCUUCUAUGGCCUGAUGAUGAUCUUGUUGUUGGGUAAUACACAGGCUGCUGAAAUAUGCUCCCUGGACAUUAAUACUGUUGCAGUCAAUAGUGACAGUGUUCAUGCAGCACGUGAACAAGGUCGUAACCUGUUGGAUGAAAUCCGUUGCUGUUUAUGGUCAAUAUCUAUUUGGAGUCCGGAAAAAUUAGAUGCAGAUGAAUCAGAUAUAGUGAUUAGGGAUCCUACCUUUCGUGAAAACCUGGUUCUUCUGGGCGUUGAUGAAGCACAUUUUGUGACUGCAUGGGGGGAAGAAUUCCGAAAGGCUUACAACCAGAUUGGGAGAAUACGAAGAAGAUUACCAGACCACAUACCCUUGGUAGCCGUUACUGCAACACUUGCUCCAGGACAACCCCAAAAGCGGCUGUGCAGCACUCUUGGAUUAAAUAAUGGCUUGUACUACUUCGAUGGCAAUCCUGUGAGCGCUCCAACAUACAUGUGUUUGACCGGUUAUCAAUUCCCCGUGAUUCUGUGGGCCUUGAAUGAGGGCUCAAAAGUCAUCAUAUACUGCAAGACCAUUGAUCAGGCCUUUCGGGUAGCGCUCUACCUGUGGAACUCAUUACCAGUUGGGACACAGUGCUUGGAAAACAUUCAGCCAAAUACAUGUGUUGUGGUUGCAACUGUUGCAUUUGGGCUGGGAAUUAAUCAAAAGAAUGUUACUGCUGUUGCCAAUCUGGGCUUACCAGAAAGCCUUGACAGCUUAGUACAGCAAAAGGGCAGAGCAGGUCAAAAUGAAGACAUUGAAGCUGUGUGCGUAACAUAUGUGGAAGUGUCAGUUGUGACAAAGAUUAAGGCCAACCUGUCAACUCUCACCGCGCAGCCUAAGGACCGGGAUACAAACAAUCCAGAAUCAUGUGGAAAAAAGAAACAGGGAAAGCCAAGAAAAGGCGGCUCAAAAAUACCUAAUAGGUCAGCGACAACAGCGAAUAAAGCAGCUCCUGGAAAACACACCUUAGGAGUUUCAAAAGAGCCAGCACUAGGAGGCGUUGAGCCUAACUUGGUUAGGUUUCUCACUGCUCACAUAACAGGUGCCUGCCUGCAAGCAACACUUAACACCAUCUACGACAACCCUGGUCCUUACUCUCUUAUGGACUGUGUCUCUGCCAAACGUCUGCAUUGCUCAUCAUGCAAUCAUCAGCCACACCCACAACUGACUGCCAGCAAACACGUUGAUCCCACAAUCACAUCAUCAGAUCCGAUAGCAGCAUCAGUUGAAUCAAACCCAAUCACAAAUGCAAUGAGGCCUCAAAUGAUCAAAGACCAUAUUGACCACGCCAAUAACGCACUUCAACGGUUUGCCCGUCAUUGUUGGUACAAAAAAAAAGGCCCACACUUUGAUAUCAUUCCCCACUCUGCUUAUUGGGAUGGAGAUAUUCUUUCACGGCUCUUGGGCCAAUUCUUGCUCAUUUGUUCCUACAAUAUACUCACACUGUUACUUGCUGAUUGGGAGUAUCUUGAAGAAGACGGGCCAGAGCUUUAUGAGCUAAUUUCCUCCCUUAACCAGCGGUAUGACAAGAGGACAUCUACUGCAAAAGUGAUAAGGAAUAAGAAAGCAGCUGAAACUCGUGCACGGAAUCAGAAAAACAAAGAUCUUUCUACCAAGCCAUCUACGUCAAAAAACAAGGAGAAUGUGGAUGUCACGACACCACCAACAUUACGCUCAUCCCACCAAAUAUUCAACCAACCCUCAUAUCCCAACUCUCCCCCUCUACCGGAAUUUAUAACUGAUUUUCCACUGCCUUUCCUUUUUGUACCUAGCCAAGCAAAUUUGCCUGGUAUACGUCCUCUACCACAAUAUUCUCAUGCCUGUUCUUUCAAGCGAAUAUCUGAAGACCAAUUGGCAUCUGGCUCUCAGGCAUUUGGAUACCUUCAGAUUCACGGUGGCCCAAUGUCUUCUAUUUACAUGUUGUCUGGAGAUUUGAUAAACCGGCCUCUCUGGGACCUCAAGAUGACCCCGCUGCGGUACAAACUUGUCAAGUUGGCUAUCAGUGGGGUUGUUCCACGCAUCGUCUGCUGCAGUGCCAUCUGGCAGUGA